AUGGAACUCAUGUGUGCAAUUAGAGUCAUUUUCUUCCUGCUCACAACGACUGUGAUCAUCAUUUGUCUCUUCAUGGAGUCAGCCGUGGUUCCCCCAAAAGAAAAGAUACCAGUUCCUCAUAAAAUGGAUGCCAAAGGAAAAAUGACCAUGAAAAGAUCUCUUGAAAGAACACGAUCGAACAUUUUAAACUGUGAUGUAUCUAAUAAUAGAUCUAUUGAAGAAGGUCAACUUCCUGAAGGGGCAAUUUCACACAACACAGUAGGAUUAACAAUGCUCAUCUCAAAGCCAUCUUGCAAAGCUUUGAUUUCAGGAAAAGACGCGGAAUACAAUGAAAUGAAAACACAGAUCUUUACCUAUAAGUAUCCAUAUAGGCCAAAGACUGAUUACCAAUUGGUGACGCGAAACUGCCAUAAUUUUCUCCGAGAUCGAGGAUAUAUACUAAACGUAACCAGUGAAGAGAUUGGGUUCCCACUUGCCUACAAUAUACUAAUGUUCAAGGACGUGGAGCAGGUGGAGCGACUGCUCAGAGCUAUUUACAGACCUUCCAAUUUCUACUGCAUCCACGUAGACCGGAAGGCGCACUUCAAGGUAAAGCUUCAGAUAAUGAGCAUUGUGAGGUGCUUCCCUAACGUAUUCCUGUCAUCGAGACAGAUGAAAGUAGAGUGGGCUGGAUACUCUGUCUUAGAGGCGGAAAUGGCGUGUAUGAAGGACUUGCUACAACGGCCUGGGUGGAAAUAUUUCAUCAAUUUGACAGGACAGGAAUAUCCCCUCAAGACGAAUCUGGAGAUUGUCCGAAUUCUGAAGAUCCUGAAUGGUGCAAACAGUAUAGAUGCUACCACGAACAAGAAGUGGAAAAAACUAUGGAAGCACUUGGGGAAUCCGCCUCAUAAAAUACGUACUUACAAGGGCAACACUCAUAUCGUGGCGUGUAGGGGAUUUGUGGACUACAUCAUGAACAACCCAAUCGCAAAAGACUUUGCAAAGUGGGUGAAAAACGCAGUGGUCCCGGACGAAACAUUUUUCCCUUCUCUUAAUCACAACCCGCACCUCAAGGUGCCAGGCUCAGCCUUAGGUAAGACGACAAUCGCCUCCAUGUACACAGUCAGUGGGUGA